UUAAAUGGUUGCUGUAGGCCGACUGCCUUGUUUGUUUGUUUGUCAAGAGUACAGCAGCCUUGUGAUCCGCUUGAGCGGCUGGCCGAUCUGCUUGGGAAUCUGGGAAAGGCAAAUUGAGCUGUCUGUCUUGGGCCUGGCGACCCAUCCUCCUGUUUCAACAUCAGCUGCACCUUCUCUUCAACGCUGCUGAGCCUCUUGCGCUUGUUCAGGAGCUCUCAAAGCAAAUCAGAUUGUGUUGCAGACGGCCUCUCUCUUGAUCAGCCUUUUAAGAGGUUAAGCUCCUGAGACAUCUGUGGGGCUGGAGCACAUAACUACAUUCGCCAUGGUGGCGAUGCUGUUGAAAACAGGAGCAUGGAAGUUCAUAACAUGAUCGCAGGGCUCCACGCAGUUUGGGUACUUAGACUGCUUCAAUGGACAACAUUCAUGGAGUUUUGAAGACUCUUACUGAUGGGAUUGGAUUAAAAGGUUCUGUCUUCAAUGGAUCCAGUUGUAUUUCACCUACCAUUGUUCAGCAGUUUGGCUAUCAACGUAGAGCAUCUGAUGAUGGGAAACUUUCAGAUUCCUCCAAGACAAGCAGUACCAUUCGUGUUUUCUUGCCUAACAAGCAACGCACAGUAGUGAAUGUGCGUAAUGGAAUGACCCUUCAUGAUUGUCUCAUGAAAGCACUCAAAGUCAGAGGUUUGCAGCCAGAAUGUUGUGCUGUUUUUAAAUUGCUUAAUGAACAAAAAGGUAAGAAAGCACGACUGGAUUGGAAUACAGAUGCUGCAUCCUUGAUUGGAGAAGAACUUCAAGUGGACUUCCUUGACCAUGUUCCACUCACAACACAUAACUUUGCACGGAAGACAUUUCUAAAGCUUGCAUACUGUGACAUCUGCCAGAAGUUCUUGCUAAAUGGAUUCCGAUGUCAAACUUGUGGUUAUAAAUUCCACGAACACUGCAGCACAAAAGUUCCAACGAUGUGUGUGGACUGGAGCAAUAUUCGGCAAUUGCUAUUGUUCCCUCAUUCAAAUGUUAGUGACAGUGGUGUCCCUACAUUGCCUCCUUUGACAACUCGGAGAAUGCGGGAUUCUGUUUCUCGGAUGCCUGUUAAUUCUCAGCAUAGAUAUUCUACGCCUCAUGCAUUCACAUUCAGCCCAGCAAAUCCUUCACCUGAGUGCUCCCUUUCUCAAAGACAGAGGUCUACGUCAACCCCAAACGUCCACAUGGUCAGCACUACAAUGCCUGUAGAUAACCGGAUAAUUGAGGAUGCCAUACGUAGUCACAGUGAAUCUGCAUCACCAUCAGCUAUAUCUAGUAGUCCGAAUAAUACAAGUCCAACAGGAUGGUCCCAGCAUAAAACACCAGUUGCAGCUCAGAGAGAAAGAGCUACAGGACCUAAUGCGCAAGAAAAGAAAAUUAGACCUCGUGGACAAAGAGAUUCAAGUUAUUACUGGGAAAUAGAAGCAAGUGAAGUUAUGCUCUCUACCAGAGUAGGGUCAGGUUCAUUUGGAACAGUUUACAGGGGAAAGUGGCAUGGAGAUGUAGCAGUAAAGAUAUUAAAGGUUGUAAAUCCAACACCAGAACAAUUUCAAGCCUUCCGAAAUGAAGUGGCUGUAUUAAGGAAAACACGGCAUGUCAAUAUUUUACUGUUCAUGGGCUACAUGACUAAAGAUAACCUGGCUAUUGUCACACAGUGGUGUGAAGGAAGUAGUCUUUAUAAACACCUACAUGUCCAGGAGACCAAGUUUCAGAUGCUACAGCGUAUUGAUAUUGCAAGGCAGACAGCACAAGGAAUGGACUAUUUACACGCGAAGAAUAUAAUACACAGAGACAUGAAAUCAAAUAAUAUAUUUCUGCAUGAAGACCGCACAGUGAAAAUAGGGGAUUUUGGCUUGGCCACAGUCAAGUCCAGAUGGAGUGGUUCUCAACAGGUGGAGCAACCCACAGGAUCUGUACUCUGGAUGGCCCCAGAAGUUAUCCGAAUGCAAGAUAGCAAUCCAUUCAGUUUCCAGUCAGAUGUCUAUUCUUACGGAAUAGUGCUAUAUGAAUUGAUGACAGGAGAGCUACCAUAUUCCCAUAUUAACAAUAGAGACCAGGUGAGAAAUAUUAUUUUCAUGGUCGGUCAUGGUUAUGCAUCACUGGACCUCAGUAAACUGUAUAAAAAUUGCCCCAAAGCUAUGAAGAGGCUUGUAGCAGAUUGUGUGAAAAAAGUGAGGGAAGAAAGACCUCUCUUCCCACAGAUACUGUCUUCCAUUGAAUUGCUGCAGCAUUCUUUACCCAAAAUCAACCGAAGUGCUUCAGAACCGUCUCUGCAUCGUGCAACCCAUACACAUGACAUAAAUUCAUGCACAUUGACAUCAACAAAACUACUUGUAUUUUAGGGGAUUUGUGUGCCCAGCUCACUGCGGUCCUCAGUAACAGUUAUAGCAGUUAUGCCUUGAAAGCUUCAGUCUGGAGGAUUGUAAGAGCCAGCAUGGGAAUCAGCUGGAUAUUGGUUUUGAGAAUGAGCUGCUAUGAAUUUCUACUGUUUGAAUCCUACAGGGACAAAACUCCAUGUUGCCUUUUUCUACACAUUAUCAUUCUGAAAUAGUUAACAGACUGUAUACAAGAAGUUCUAUUGCUAUUUUUUAUAGAUGCACUUGAGCCUUAUUUUUUUCCCAUAUGUAAAAAGCAGCGAUGAAAAAAAGGAUUCUUGCUUCAACUGGGUUCAACUCUAUUGCAUUCUGCUGAAUAAACUGGUAUUUUUCUAUAAUAGUAACAAUGGCUUAGCAUUUGAGAAAAGUCAACGGAGAUGGUGCUGUUCUUGUCAUAUACUAAGACUUUGUGCCCUUCCGUCUAGAGGAACUAAAAUGGCCACCCACCAAGAAGACUUAAGGGAAGAGAGAAAUGCAAGUUUGGAAAGAUUCUCCUACUAAGUAUUUCUCAAGAUGACUUAAUAAUGGUGUUUAAAGUUUCAUCACCAGAGAUAGUUUUGCACAUAGGAGAAAAUGCUCAUUUGAGGACGAGAAAUAUAUUGUAAUUAGUAGUGCUCAGAAAAGGAAGCUAGCACAAUCUUGCUACAAUCAUUUUAGAGUAACAUAAGAAGCUUUUUUUGGGGUACUUCGGACUUGUUUCUUGUGGCACCUGGAAGGUCCUGUGAGAAACUAUAGUUUUCUGGGAGGAGAAGAGGAAAAAUAAAUAAUGCUGUCAGUAUAUUUCUGCAAAAAAGCAGCAUUUAGCCUGUUUUGAAACUUUUUUCCGAGAUGCACUAGAAGGAAAUAUGGCAUAUACAGGUUUUCCCUUGCUGAUUUGCAUUUUAAUUUUGUUUUUAUUGCUCAUAAGAAGAAGCAUUUAUUGUAAACACAGGUUCUUCCGGUUAUCUUAUUUUAAUAAAAUAAAUUAAAUUUUA